AUGUGGCACUUUGCCAUCUCCGUGUUCCUCAUUGAGUUGUAUGGACAUAACCUGCUGCUAACAGCUGUUUUUGGAUUAGUGGUGGCUGGCUCUGUAUUGAUAUUUGGGGCUUUGAUUGGUGACUGGAUUGACAGGAAACCAAGGAAUAAAGUUGCUCAUGCAUCACUGUUCAUUCAGAAUUCAUCCGUCACAGCUUGCUGCAUAGUCCUGAUGCUGGUAUUCUCCUAUAAAAAUGAAAUAGAACAGAUAUGGCAUGGAUGGCUUACAGUAUUCUGCUAUGGAGUGGUUAUUAUUUUAGCUGACUUGGCUAACCUUGCGAGCACGGCAUUGACCAUAACCAUUCAGAAAGAUUGGAUCGUGGUGAUCACAGGAGAUAACAGAAGUCAACUAGCUGGAAUGAAUGCAACUGUUAGAAGGAUGGAUCAAGUCAUUAACAUCUUCGCCCCCUUGUCGGUGGGUCAGGUCAUGACUUGGGCUUCCAAUGUGGUUGGCUGUGGAUUCAUUCUUGGAUGGAACCUGGUGUCACUGCUUGUUGAAUUUAUCUUCCUCUCCAGGGUUUAUAAAAUGGUACCUCAGCUGGCUGUCAAGCCACAGCAAUCUAUAGGAGAGCAUUAUAUAGAAAGGCAGCUGGAACUUAUCAAUGUGCAAGCCCUACCCACUGUAUCAAGGGAAGAGAAAAGCCAGACUCCAGAACCUUCUGCAGAGCGCACUUCAUCAGUCCCUGUCUGCUUCCAGAAAUUUCGCCGCAUGUUGCAUACCUGUACAGAUGGCUGGAAAUCCUACUACAGACAGUCUGUCUUUUUAGCGGGUUUGGGAUUAGCCUUUUUGUACACCACAGUCCUUGGCUUUGACUGUAUCACUACAGGUUAUGCAUACACUCAGGGGAUCAGUGGCUCUUUGCUUAGCAUACUCAUGGCCGUCUCCGCCAUCUCAGGAUUAAUGGGCACUUUUCUGUUUACCAAGCUAAGAAGACAUUAUGGCUUAGUGGUCACAGGAAUUAUAUCCAGCUGUCUCCAUGUUGGUUGUCUAAUGCUUUGCGUGUUUUCAGUCUUUGCUCCAGGAAGCCCCUUUGAUUUGGGCAUUUUCUCUGUCCUUACGGGUAUGAAUUCUUCUUUAAAUGCUGAGAAGUUGCAUCAAAAUCAGCUCCACAUAUAUCCAUCUCAAGGGAAUAUCAACCAACCUAUCCUUUCAGACCGUUCCUCAAUCCACUGGACUAACAAUACUGUGUUGUUUGAGAGUGUCCGUGCCAGCGAUCAGCCAGACUCCUACAUUUCCAUCAUACUGCUGUUUUCAGGAGUUAUAUUAGCCAGAGUGGGUAUGUAUCAAUUUAAAAGCAUUUUCAGCUGUAUUUUUUUUAUGUUUUUUUUUAUGUAA